AGUGCGCACUGGUUGGGCUCGCCUCUGCCUCGCCAGUCCCUUCUCGUGCUGCUGUCCUCGGCGUGAACGCGCGUGGUACCCAACGCUCGUGAAGAGGAGGAGGAGGAUGUGGCGCGCGGAGGGGAAAUGGCUGCCGAAAACAAGCCGGAAGGACUGAAGAAAAUCCGUAAUCCGGAUCGAAUGUACAGAUCAGCCGUGUGUUAUUCGGCCCAUGCUGCUCCUAAGAGUGUCAGUGAUGACACAGAGACGAACAAUGAACAUGGACAUUUGAAAAUAUACCUGCCUAAAAAGCUGCUUGAAUGUCUACCAAAAUGCUCCACGUUGCCAAAAGAGAGACACAGGUGGAACACCAAUGAGGAAAUCGCAGCAUACUUGAUAACAUUUGAAAAGCAUGAAGAAUGGUUGACGACAUCCCCUAAAACACGGCCACAGAAUGGGUCGAUGAUCCUAUACAACAGGAAGAAGGUGAAGUACAGAAAGGACGGCUACUGCUGGAAAAAACGGAAAGAUGGGAAGACAACACGAGAGGAUCACAUGAAGCUGAAAGUACAGGGAGUGGAGUGUCUGUAUGGCUGUUACGUCCACUCCUCCAUCAUCCCCACCUUCCACCGCAGGUGCUACUGGCUCUUACAGAAUCCAGACAUCGUGCUGGUCCACUACCUGAAUGUGCCGGCCAUUGAGGAUUGUGGGAAACCAUGUGGGCCCAUCCUGUGCUCCAUCAAUACGGACAAGAAAGAAUGGGCCAAAUGGACAAAGGAGGAGCUCAUCGGCCAGCUGAAGCCUAUGUUUCAUGGAAUCAAGUGGACUUGCAGCAAUGGGAACAGCAGCUCUGGCUUCUCUGUGGAGCAGCUGGUACAGCAGAUACUGGACAGCCACCAGACCAAGCCUCCUCCCCGGACUCACAACUGCCUCUGCACGGGCACGCUGGGCGCUGGGAGCAGCGUACAUCACAAAUGUAACAGCGCCAAACACCGCAUCAUCUCUCCCAAAGUGGACCCCCGUUCAGGCGGCUACAGCAGCACCCACUCCGAGCUCCAGAACAAUGACGUGUCGGAGGGUAAAACAGAGCACAGCCACAGCAGCAAGAACAGCGGGGGUACUGGCGGAGGAAGCGUGCGUGAGAAACGAAACGGCAAGGUCCACAAACCUGUCCUGCUGCACCAGAAUAGCACUGAGGUCUCCUCGACCAAUCAGGUGGAAGUGCCAGACACCACCCAGAAUUCCCCUGUGUCCAUCAGCAGUGGGCUGAACUCUGACCCUGACAUGGCUGACAGUCCAGCGGUCACAGGCAUGGGUCACGUUGCCUCCGUCAUGAGCAGCCUGUCCCAGAGUGUCUUUAUGUCUGAGGUAACUGGGGACCCUGUCUACAGCAUGUCCCCUACUGGAGGGCCCAACGCUCAUAUUAUGGGCCCUGAUGCCACAUCCCACGGCCUGGUCUUAGCAGUCACCUCUGACAGCCACAAGUUUAGCUUUCCUGGUAGUGGGAGCACAGAUGCAGGUGGUCCUGGAGCAGAUGGGCUGUCCAUGCUGUCUGCAUCAGGUGUCUCCGAGGAGCUUGUUCUCUCCAACAGCUUAGACACGGGCGGCAUUAAAAUCCCAGAAACCACUAUGAACUUUGACCCCGACUGCUUUCUGAAUAACCCAAAGCAGGGCCAGACAUAUGGGGGAAGCGGAUUAAAGCAGGAAAAUGGUUCGUCACACGCCUCAUGCUCCUCAACAGCUAGCACUAACGGUUUGCAACGUUCUCCGUCUAUAUCCGAUACAAACUAUGGCUUCAAUUCUGUGCUGGUGAAGAACAUCAAGACUGAGGACACAUCUUUCGAACAACAACUGGCUAAAGAAGGGAACUACCAGGUGGGGGCAGUAGUGAGCUGUAAUGUUUCCAGUGGUUCCGGUGGCCAAAAUUCACUUACCUUAACACCCGCUGCCUCUUUGCUGCCCUCUGGAGGAGGCUUAAGCCCCAGCACCACCUUGGAGCAAAUGGAUUUCAGUGCCAUUGAUGCAAAGCAGGAUUACUCCUCCGGUGCCUCUGCGGUAGGUUACGGCCAGGCAAUGAAUAACUUAGCCCACCAAAACCGAUCUCCGAGCUUUUUCCUGCAAGAAGCUCCACAGCAAGCCCAGAGCCAGCAAGGUAGGCAGAACUCUGCCCAAAAGGGCCACAUGCUGGAACAUAACUCACCUGAUGGGGCAUACAUGGGUCUGCAGGUUGUGAAAACAGAAUCGCCUGGCAGCAACGGCCACCUUCACCACCAUCACACCCACCAAGGCCAGCACAGAGCCAACUGCAAUGGAGGUUCACCCACCGAAGGACAGGGACACGGCAGCUCCCUACAGCUCCUGCAGUAUCAGGGAGGUUUUCCAGGUCUUGGUCCAGAGCAUGAGGAGGUGGUCGGGAUGGAUCAGAGCCGCGGCGUGGGAUCUGGUCAGGCCGGGGCUACGGAGAACGGGACUGAUAGAUCCGGGGAUCACCUACAGACCUGUGGAGAAGGUGGAGCCGCUGAGCACUUCCUCCAGCAGAGCUCUGAAAAUGGAGCAGGGAAUGAGGCGAUGGCUUUGAGAAAUGGAAAUGCUACUAAUGGGCCCAACAGCUCACAACAGCAACUCCUGCAGGGAGCUAAUUUGGUUCAGGGGCUCUACAACACUGUGGCGGCCCACCAUGGGCUUAGCGGAGCUGGGGCCAACGGUGGAGGGGGCACAGGGAUGGAAAUCAGCCUGGACCAUUUCGACAUCUCUUUCGGUAACCAAUUUUCAGACCUAAUUAAUGACUUUAUCUCAGUGGAUAGUGGAGCUACAGCCGUGGGAGCUGCAGGAACAUUAUACACCCAUCAGUUGGUGGCCCCACCUGGGUCAGAUGGAACGGCCACGUCCGGUGGAAACCAACAGCAAGGUCAAGAAGAUUCAACCAACAGGUCAGCAGGUUACAGCCCUGCAGAGCUCUGUCUGCAGUCCUGCUGUAGCCCUCAGUCUUUGGGUGCUGGUGGUGGUGGAGGGUCAGGAGAGACAGGCUCACUGGCCUACAUGCACGUGGCUGAAGUAGUGUCAGCAGCGGUGGCCCAGGGCACUCUGGGAAUGUUGCAGGCCACUGGAAGACUCUUCAUCGUCACUGACUAUUCUCCAGAGUGGUCCUACCCAGAGGGUGGGGUUAAGGUGUUAAUCACAGGGCCAUGGCAGGAAGACAGCAGUAGCUACACCUGUCUGUUUGAUCAGAUCUCUGUCCCAGCAUCCCUUAUCCAGCCAGGAGUGUUACGUUGCUACUGUCCUGCUCAUGACACAGGCCUGGUGACUCUACAGGUGGCUGUCAGUAAUCAGAUCAUCUCCAACUCGGUUGUGUUUGAAUAUAAAGCACGAGCUCUGCCCUCCCUGCCUUCUUCACAGCAUGACUGGCUGUCACUUGACGAUAACCAGUUCAGAAUGUCCAUCCUGGAGCGUCUGGAGCAGAUGGAGCGCAGGAUGGCUGAGAUGGGCGGUCAGCAGCAGCAGGGCAGCGGAGGAACACCAGGAGGUGGAGGAGGAGGUGGAAAUGGAGGCGCUAAUAACCAGUCUCAGGCGGGGAGCUCCUUUGAGAGUCGUGUGGUAGUUGUUUGUGAGAAGAUGAUGAACCGGGCCUGCUGGGCCAAAUCCAAACAUCUAAUUCACUCCAAGACCUUUAGGGGCAUGACCUUGCUGCACCUUGCCGCAGGCCAGGGCUAUGCAACCCUCAUCCAGACUCUCAUUAAAUGGCGCACUAAACAUGCAGACAGCAUUGAUUUGGAGCUGGAGGUGGACCCUCUCAAUGUUGACCAUUUCUCUUGUACUCCGCUGAUGUGGGCAUGUGCUUUGGGUCACCUAGAAGCAGCAGUGGUCUUGUAUAAAUGGGACCGGAGAGCACUGGCCAUCCCAGAUUCCCUGGGUCGCCUGCCCCUAUCUAUCGCCCGCUCCCGCGGCCACACCAAGCUAGCCGAAUGUCUGGAGCAGCUCCAGAGAGAGGAGCAGCAGCAGACCCCGUCCUCCCUGCCCCCCACCUCCAGCAUGUCUUUCUCUCCAAACCCUGACAUCCCCACCUCCAACAGCUGGAUGGUCAGCUGGGCUAGCGAUAGUAUGGUGGCACCCAGUGGGCAAAACUCUGGUACAGCCAACACCACCACAACCUCCUGCACCAACCAGAAUCCUGAUUUGAGACGGCCAAGAUCAGAGCCCUCCAGCUACUACAGCAACGAGUGUCAGCGAGAUCUUCCCCUCGCCAAAAAACACAAGCCCAACCCCGAGCUCGUGCAACCACAGCUGGAUAAACCAUCAGUUCCUUUGAAUGUGGAUCAGCAGACACAUAAACUGUCCAACAGCCCUAAGACCCUUCCCUCCAGCCCUGACAAAAACCCCUCUGAGGAGAGUUUGGGGGCACAAACUAAGCUAGGGCCCUUUCGUGGAGGACACAAGUGGGGCACCAGAGAGGCGGUCAGGAAGGGUGGUAGCAGCAUUGGGAAAGAGAAGCUGGCCAAUCGGCUGCGACAGCGUGGAGAGCCCCUCAGCAUGCUGGGAAUGGUACACACGGAGAUGCUGUCCUAUCAGGAGGAUCAGGAGAAUCAGGACUGUCUUUCACACAUGGAAGACCUUCAGGCAAACAUGAUGAGCUUGGCAGAGCACAUCAUCGAGGCCACUCCGGAGUGUAUCAAACGAGAGCAUUUCCCAGCGGUGAAGUCCGUUCCUCUGGACAACACUGGGCUCACCAACACCAUGAGCUGGCUGGCCAGUUAUCUGGGGGACGUGGAGCACCUGCCGAGCAUCAUCCACCUGAGUCCCAUAUACAACGAACCCCUGACCCCAUCCUCCAACACUAGUCUGAGCCCGGGUAACUCACCCAUGAGCGAGGGUCCGUUUGAGAAGCCCACGUUGCCUGCUCCAGCCGAGUGGAGUGAGUUUCUCCGAGCUUCCAACAGUAAAGUGGAGCGAGAGUUGGCCCAGCUAACCCUGUCCGACCCAGAGCAGAGGGAACUCUACGAGGCCGCACGGCUGGUGCAGACCGCUUUCCGCAAGUACAAGGGACGCCCACUGCGCGAGCAACAGGAAGUAGCCACCGCUGUCAUUCAGCGCUGUUACAGGAAGUACAAGCAGCUAACAUGGAUAGCCUUGAAGUAUGCACUUUAUAAAAAGAUGACGCAGGCCGCCAUCCUUAUCCAGAGUAAGUUUCGCAGCUACCAUGAGCAGAAGAAGUUCCAGCAGAGCCGACGGGCGGCCGUGCUGAUCCAGCAAUGCUACCGCAGCUACAGAGAGUUCGGCAGGCUGCGGCCUCGCCGCCGAACUGCCACCAGCGCGCUGGUCCAGCACAAACUCAGAAGCAGUUUGCUCAGUAAGAGGCAAGAUCAGGCCGCCCGCAAGAUCAUGAGGUUUCUCAGACGUUGCCGUCACAGCCCCUUGAUGGACCAUAGACUAUUCAAGCGGAGCGAGAGAGUUGAGAAAGGCCAGGGAACAUGAGAGCGUCCAGAAGAGCCCCCUCCCAAUGUGACAUUACUCUCCAGACUCUUCUGUUCAUCUUUUCGGUUUCAACCAGAGACGUUUUACAAGAGGAAAAAAAACAGCAAGAACACUGAAACUCUUACCGCUACUGUAUGACUGAUACUACUGCUACUAAACUACCACCUUUAUUUCAUAUCUCUUUAUUCCUUCAAUGUUUCUUUUAUGAAGGAAGGAGCCAACAGCUGUGGAUCAGACAAACUCUAAAUGACGUUUUUAGGAGGAAUAACAUUCGCUUCUUGGCAUUUUUUGCACUUUUCAAUGGAUUUCAUUGUCAUUUUUGAGGAUUGUUUCGUUUGAAGAAGGAUAAACAGGAUGGAUGAAGUUUUGCUCUUCAGUGGCUCACAAAGGAAAGAUGGUGACAAAAUAUGGAGUCGACACAAAAACAUGGCCGGGCCUGUUCAAAGUGUGUUUCAAAGACGAAAUGUCAUGUUCAGUGAAAAAUUGUUACCAAAAACAAUGAAUAGUUUAUGAAUUA